AUGUCCCCUCAAAUACGCAAGCAGCAGCAGCAACAACAGCAGCAGCAACAGCAGCAGCAACAGCAGCAGCAACAGCAGCAGCAGCAGCAAGGCGUACUGGGGCCUUGUGGAAGGUCCACUCGCCGCUGCCGUCUUCUGCUACACGGGGACAAGCAGGAGUGCAUCAGUACAGCAGCAGCAGCAGCAACAGCACAGCAGCAGCAAAGAUUCAACGGCGCUGCAAGGGCUGCUGCUGCUGCUUCACAGUAA